AUGACCACACUCACACCAGAUUCUACACCGAGGAGCAAUACCAGCAAUGCUCUCCUCGACCAGUGCGGAGUCGUCAAUGCUGAAAUUGACGGGAUUGAGCCUAGUCUCCAGCAGCUGCGCAUACUCCGGCACAGAGCCCUCAACGAUGCCGACAACUUCUCAUCCAGCGCCACCAACCAGCAGCUUGACGCACUCUCUUCCGAGACAUUAGUCCUGUACCGCGAGCUCAUCAAGCGCGUCUGUACCAUUAAGUCCGACCCGGAGGCCAACGACCCUAAAUACAAACCCCAGGUAGAUCGUGUCGACUGGCGCCUGAGGCAGGCCAUUCAGAAGUACCAGCAAGUCGAGUCGGGAUUCCGCGAGCGCACCCAGGACCAGAUGGCCCGUCAAUACUGCAUUGACCGUCCCGACGCCUCGGAGCAGGAAGACCGCCACAACGCCUUCGGUAAGAUUGAGCAGCAGAUAGUGGAGCUGUCCCAGCUCUUCCAGGACAUAGAUACACUUGUUGUUCAGCAGGAAGAUCCCGUCACACAGAUCGAGAAAGACAGUAAAAAGGUCGUUCAGAACAUUGAUAAGGGAACCGAAGAAUUUGUGCCGCCGUUAACACAGCUCGAAAAACGCGGAGAAGAAAGUGGAUUUGUCUUAGGAUUUUUAUGGCCAUAA